AUGCACGUCACCGAGUCACAGAGAGCGUUCUUGGAUGUUGUCCAAGAGGCACUCAGCCGAUAUGACACACAGCUAAGAGAUAUUAACCAGAAAAUCUGGUCAAACCCAGAACUUGCUUAUGAAGAGUACAAAGCUCACGACAACAUUUGCCAGCUCUUCGAAAGCCUUCAGUCGAGCGGAUACCAAGUCCGCCGAGAGGUGUAUGGAGUGAAAACUGCGCUUGAAGUCGAGUAUACCUAUGGCACUGGUGGACGAACUGUUGCCUUCAACGCUGAAUACGAUGCCCUUCCGGGAAUUGGUCACGCCUGCGGUCACAAUUUGAUCGCGACGAGCUCUAUCGCCGCAUUCAUCGCUACUUGCGAGUCAAUGAAGGCUCAGGCCGAGUCCCUGUCUGUGCCAGGAUUUACCGUUCGACUAUUAGGCACCCCUGCAGAGGAAUCUGGUGGUGGAAAGGUGAAGCUCAUCAACAGCGGAGCCUACAAAGAUGUAGAUGCUUGUCUGAUGGUGCACCCUGUUCCCAUGGCACCUGGAAACCCGGAACUUUGCGGCAUGGCCACUGUUGUAGAAGGAGGAUACCUUGCCAAUGAUAAAGUUCAAGUGACCUUUACUGGCAAGCCUGCUCACGCUGCUGCUGCCCCAUGGGAAGGUAUCAAUGCACUCGACGCGGUUGUGUCGGCAUAUGUCAAUAUUUCUAUGCUUCGACAGCAGAUGUUGCCUACUCAGAAAGUCCACGGAGUCAUUAAGGAAGGAGGUACCCGCCCGAACAUCAUUCCUAUGUCUGCCACUGUGGAUUAUUAUAUCAGAUCUCCGACCAAAAAGACAUUGAAGCCCUUGACCGAAAAGGUUAUCAAAUGCUUCGAGGCUGCUGCACUCGCUACAGGAUGCAAAGUCUCCUUUGAAUGGGGGCCAUCAUAUGAUGACUUGAAGAGCAAUAUGCCGAUCUGUGAGAGCUAUGUCACAGCAAUGAGAGCAAUGGGUCACCAUACACUACUUGACAACUCACAACAAAAGCGCUCACUUGCCGGUGCAUCCACCGAUAUGGGAAAUGUCUCAUACGUUGUGCCUGGAUUCCAUGGUGUCUUUUGCAUUCCAGUCGAUGGAGUUAACCACACACCAGAAUUCACCAAGGGAGCUGGAUCAUCCGAGGCCUUCGAAAGAGCUAUUGCUUGUGCGGCUGGUAUGGCCGUAGUGGCUUGCCAAGUUUUGGUUGAUGAUGAGUUUGCCCAGUCUGUUAAGAAGGACUUUGAGCGAGAAGAAUAA